AUGGAGCGAGGAAGAGGAAGCAGCAGCAGCAGCAGACCUAGGGAAACCAACAAGACUAUCGCAUUAAAAUCGGAAGAUCCCAACAAUUUCCCAAACAUCCCAGAAGAAAUCAUCAUCGAUAUUCUCUCAAGAUUACCCCAUCAGUCUCUCUGUCGAUUAAGGUGCGUUUCCAAACACUGGUCUUCUUUGAUAUCCGACUCAAACCUAAUAUCCCUAUCAAAAAGACAGAAGGUUAUUGUUGUGUCCCAGUUGUAUGAUGGUUCCUUUUCCUUUCACUCCAUCGACCAACAAUGCUCUGUGGAAAAUGUUCAAACACCAUGGGAAAAAAAUCUGGAUCUCUGUUAUACUGAAGUUCACAUCUAUGGUUCGUGUAAUGGGUUGUUUCUUUUGGGGAUUAAGGUGGAUUUGUAUUUAUGGAAUCCACUAAAUGGGUAUUUCAAGAAAGUCUUGUCAUACCAUCGGUUGACACAUCGAUAUUUGAGUAGUUCUGUAAUUACUUCUGGGCUUUGUUAUGAUUCCUCUACUAAUGGGUACAAGGCCGUCAUGGCUUUGACUCCUCUUGAUCCUUGUGACAGUAAAUGCAGUAAAUGCGUAAUGGUUGGUAAUUUUCGAAGAAAAUAUUGGAAAGAGGUAUGCUUCCCUUUUAAUAUUAGCUCAAUCCGUUCAGGGCCAGUUCUGAAUGGACAACUUCAUUGGUUCGCCUGUAAUACUAACUUUCUUUCGACCCAUAGUAUCUUUUCCUUUGAUCCACUGGUUGAUGAAUUCAAAAAGGUACCAAUGCCAAAGCCGUCUAAGGAUGGGGAUGAAUUUAUUUUGCUUGGGUUGGGGGUUUUGGAUGGAUGCAUCUGUAUGAUUCGUCAUCGCCAAUGCAAUGUCGAAGUAUGGGUGAUGGAGGCAUAUGGUGUGCAAAACUCGUGGAAUGUUAGAUUCGUCAUUAAUGAGACCUUUAGGGUUUGUAGUAUGUUCGAGCCGUUAUGUUGUACAAAAGAUGGUAAGGUUCUAUUGAGAGAACACAUUGGGUAUGAUAGUGGGCAUGUUAACGUAUACAAUUCUAAUGGCGAUUUGGAUAGAGAUGUUCCAAGACCGUCCAAUUGCAAUUACUCUAUGGUGGCCAUGGCGUAUGAGGAAAGUUUAGUUGAGCCUAUAGACUACACGUGGGAAAACGAGGAGCGAAGAGGGAUAGCAACAUAUGUGGAACAUUUUCUUUCAGCCUCUUCAAGGACAAUGACAAAGGGAAAGGAUAGUAAGUGGCAUUUGUUAGAAGAUCCUGAACAAGAGGAAGCUGAAGAAACUCCAGAGAAGCGGCGUAUUAGAUAG